ACAGAGCGCGCUGGACGGAUUCGGCGGAGCGCCGGAGCGCGGCCUUCGCUGUCCGCAGAGAGGACCCGCAGGACCAACGCCAAGAUGAUACUUUCAAGGGCCAAGCCCGCUGUAGGCGGGGAACCACCACAGACUAACAAAAGGAAGAAGAAAGGCAGGAAGAUUCCAAAACUGGAGGAGCUACUUUCGCAGAGAGAUUUCACUGGAGCCAUCACUCUACUGGAGUUCAAGCGUCAUGUUGGGGAACAAGAAGAAGAUACGAAUUUGUGGAUUGGAUACUGUGCUUUUCACCUGGGUGACUACAAGAGGGCUCUGGAGGAAUAUGAAAGCGCAACAAAAGAGGAGAGCUGCAGCCCUGAAGUCUGGGUGAACCUGGCCUGCACCUACUUUUUCCUUGGGAUGUAUAAACAAGCGGAAGCUGCAGGAUUUAAGGCUCCAAAAAGCCGACUACAAAAUCGCCUGCUCUUUCAUUUGGCUCAUAAGUUUAAUGAUGAGAAAAAACUGAUGAACUUUCAUCAAAACCUUCAGGAUAUCACAGAAGACCAGCUAAGUUUGGCCUCAAUCCACUAUAUGCGGUCUCACUACCAAGAGGCAAUUGAUAUAUAUAAGCGAAUACUGCUGGAUAACAGGGAAUACCUUGCCCUCAAUGUCUACGUGGCCCUCUGUUACUACAAGCUCGAUUACUAUGAUGUGUCUCAAGAAGUUCUGGCUGUUUAUCUCCAGCAAAUUCCUGACAGUACCAUUGCGCUUAACCUGAAGGCCUGUAAUCAUUUUCGCCUUUAUAAUGGCAAAGCAGCUGAGGCAGAACUCAAGAGCUUGAUGGACAACGCUCCUUCCUCCUUUGAAUUUGCUAAAGAACUCAUCAGGCACAAUCUGGUUGUCUUCCGAGGGGGUGAAGGGGCUUUGCAGGUUUUACCUCCGCUGGUGGAUGUCAUCCCAGAAGCAAGGCUGAACUUGGUGAUUUACUACCUACGUCAGGAUGACGUACAGGAAGCUUAUAACUUAAUUAAAGAUCUGGAACCUACUACUCCUCAGGAGUACAUCCUCAAAGGAGUGGUCAAUGCGGCUCUGGGCCAGGAAAUGGGUUCGAGGGAUCAUAUGAAAAUUGCCCAGCAGUUCUUCCAGUUGGUAGGCGGAUCUGCAAGUGAAUGUGAUACCAUUCCAGGGAGGCAGUGUAUGGCUUCCUGUUUCUUCCUGCUUAAGCAGUUUGAUGAUGUCUUGAUUUACCUCAAUUCAUUUAAGAGCUACUUCUACAAUGAUGACAUCUUUAAUUUUAAUUACGCCCAAGCCAAAGCUGCAACAGGCAAUACCAGUGAGGCAGAAGAGGUGUUUCUCUUGAUCCAAAAUGAGAAGUUGAAAAAUGAUUACGUUUACCUCAGUUGGUUAGCGCGCUGCUAUAUCAUGAAUAAGAAGCCAAGACUGGCCUGGGAACUGUAUCUCAAGAUGGAAACCUCUGGCGAGUCCUUUAGUCUCCUACAGCUCAUUGCUAAUGACUGCUACAAGAUGGGCCAGUUUUACUAUUCAGCCAAAGCUUUUGAUGUCCUGGAGAGGCUGGACCCCAACCCGGAAUACUGGGAAGGCAAACGGGGUGCGUGUGUGGGCAUUUUCCAGAUGAUCCUCGCUGGCCAAGAACCCAAAGAGACCCUCCGAGAAGUGCUGCACUUACUGAGAAGCACGGGUAACACCCAAGUAGAAUACAUCAUCCGAAUCAUGAAGAAAUGGGCCAAAGAGAACAGAGUGCCUGUCUAAAAUAGCUCCGGGGAGCAGGUCCGAAGAGCCCGCUUCUGUGCUUCUGUAAAACUGCAAAUCACUUUCUUCAAGCUGAGAUAAGACUCAGGGUUCUCUUCCACUGGCACUUCCCUCCCUUGGCUUCAGGCCGGGAGGGCGACUGCCUGUGGACGCUGCCUGAGUGAACGAGGCGGCAGGUGGCCCUGCGAGCAGUAAGACUUCCGACUUCUCCAGUGCCUUUCUUCCAGAAAUCCUGGAGCGCGUUCCUCCGUGCCCUGCUGAGCUGAUGGGGAACUCCAGGGCCUUCGUCUCUCCCUCUCUCCAGAGCGUUCCUGACAUUUCCUCCCAGCAGCAAUAACGGUGUUUCCGAUGCUCGAGAAUCACCAUCACCCUCCUGGCCUGCUUUUAGCCAUCUCUGCACAUUUCCCUUUCCAGUGGGGCUCCCUGAAAGACACCUUCGAGACCUGGGAGAACGGAGACUGUAACCAGCCGGGGACCCUAGCAAUGGGAGGAGGCGCCUGUAUGGACUGUCCAGUCAUGAGCAGGUAACAGGCGCUGGGGCCUCCGCGCCGGGAUUAAGCUGUUCCCCAGAACAUGUUACAAGGCAGCGAGAGGAGCACUGCAGAGUUUUAAAAGUGAGGGCUGUGGAUGUCGCUCUGUGGCGGGGCAUUUGCCUGCCAUGCACACGGCCUUGGGUUCAAUCCCCAGCCCAGGAAAUAAAGUGAGUACUACGGAAAAAAUAUUUGUGUUGUGCCUCAGUAGGUAUUCAGGCAAAAAAAAAAAAAGUCUAUACAUCUCAUUAUUCAGUUCUCCAUUAUAGUUUAGAUAAUGAAGCAGAUUAAGGUCUUCUUAAUAUUUCUGCUGAAUAAACCUCCAUUUUGAAAGCUGGCUACAAAGUGAAGAGAACCAGAAAGGAUCCCUCCCGAGAGGCACUGAGGUUAGGAUUCCCACAAGCACUAGUGUGUUUCCACCUUUUCCCCAGCAUGGCGCUGUGGCUAGAACUGGUGUAUAGGUGGAGCCAGGAACACAGCAAGGCUGCAGCAGCCUAGGACCGGAGGAGACCUGAGGCUGGAAGCAGCCUUCUCCCCUGGGCGGCCGCAAGGAACUCUCCUGCGCAGCUCAGGAAGGGGGCCAGCCUUCCUAUCUUUCCUUAGAUUCAGCUCUAAUCGGGUCAGGGCACAAAUCAAAUAAAGCUGGCCUGAAUAACUGAAUUCUAGGAAACAGCGCUACGUCAUUUUUCAUAUGCCAAAGCUUCUGUUUCCUCUGUGCACUGUUGCUACAUUUUCAGUAAUAACUUGCUCAGCAUCAAAGGUACUAGGUGGGUCAGAUUUGGGCGGAACCUGUACCAUGUUUGAAUCUGUCUGGCUUAAAAUAUUUGGAAACACUGUAGUGAAAGGGGCAGACUGAAACUCCUCUGGAGCUUCUGGUGAUUAAAUUUGUCUUCCAGUGAAUUGCUGUUAAUUUCAAGCUUCCUGAAUUUGAAAAGCUUUUCCACUGAUGGUGAUUUCCUUCUAAAUGAGCUUUCAUUGAAUUUAAUGCUCAACAUUCUCUUGGGCAUUUUGCUAUCUUGUGGAGGGGAACACCCACAUUUUCCAAACACAGCAGUUAUAGACUAAUUUUUUAAAAAAUUUUAAUCUGUAGGAUUAAGCCAGAAGUACAAAGACCAGCGUAAAGGGAGGUGGCAUCCUUGUGUUGAGGGUCAGCGCUUCUGCUGUGUCCUGACAGCACCUCUGUGCGGUGAAGGCCUGGCCUAGGAAUGAGGUGCUGUGUGCCGCAGGGGGCGCCAGGUACUCCUUACAGCCCAUAGCGUAUAUCACUUACACGUGGGAAAAAUCUUUUGCGAUUAUUUUUGUA